CUCUUCCUUUUAAAUACUAUAUAAAGCGAAAAUAAGAGAAUUGACGUCAGACUGAGACGACGCUUUUAGUGAGAGAAAUACGUUAUACAAAAAAAGAUGAAGAAACAGACCCUUGUUAUUUGCUUGGUGGUAGCCACACUUAGUACAACCCUGGCUAAAGACGAAACGGAGCAGAAACAGAAGAAGAGACAGUUCGCGGUAGCUCUGCUUGGGCUUGGAUCCUUGUUCGGAGAGCUAUUUGCAGGGGCUGCAGCUGAAACUGCAAUAGGGGCCGGUUUGGGCUUAGCAGCUGGGACUGGUAUUGUAGCAGGUGCUAGUGCAAUACACAACCACCACCACACGGUAGUAGAUUCAGCACCUUCAGUCGUUCAAACCCAGACACCAGCUCCGCCACCAACCCUGUGUGAAAGUACAGGCUUCUGCACUUCCGGUAAAUGCGACCUAGGUAAUCAUUAUUAUGUUGGAAACAAAUUUCAACAAAUGUAA